AUGUCAAACACUCAAUCUAACGAUUUAUUAAUAGAAUUAAAUGCCAAGCUCUUAGCUGAGAUUGCUAAACUCAGGAAGAAGUUUGCUGAGAUUAAGGUCGAGAAUGAUGAGCUUAAGGAUAAGAAUGCUGAGAUCAUUGCUUUUAGUGAUAAGAUCGCUGAGCUUGAGACUGAGAGAACUGAACUUAAGGCCAGGAUUGUCAAGCUUCUAAGACAGACUGUGGAAGAGAGUAAAUGGUGUGAUGCUGAAAAUGCCAGGCAUGAUGAUGCAAUUGCCGAGCUUAAGGCUGAACUUGAUAAUGCUUCUGAGGUUUCAUUCAAAUCCAAAAUCCAGUUUUCUUGCACAAGUAAGCAGAAGAAAUUGGAGAAUAAAGAUACGGACAUUUCCUGGAUUCAACAUAUAAAGAAAAGGUUAGGUACUAAAACUUCUUUGAGUGUAAAAGGUGAGCAGGAGUUGGUCCAAGAAUUAUUUAUAGAGCCAUCUUUACAAGAAUCAAAUAUAAUUCAAAAUUAUGUGAUUGAAAUUUCUGAGAAUGACGGUCCCAGAAAAUUUAACAUUGACAAAGCAUUACAACAUCUAGCUCAGUUAUGUGAUAAAGCUUUUGAUGCUGAGAAUGGUGCAAAUAAAGCUAACCAAGAAGAAAUCUUAUAUUGGCCCAUCUAUGGAAAGGAUUUCAGAGUUCAUUUCAAUGAGAUUAUUAAAAAUAGCAAAGGUAAAAUUGGUGAAAAGAAGAACAUCAAUACAGAUAAUGCAGGACAUCAAAUUUCGUUCGAAGAUACUGAAAUUUCUGAGACCAGCAGUCCCGGAAAAAUCUCAUCUAAAACAGAGUCAGGUAAUAUAACCACUUCCUCUAUCCCAAUGUCCCGUACCUCUAGCUUCGUGACUGCCUCCAACAAUUCAGAAGAUAAGAUAAUUGAGGAAGUUAAAUCUUUACCGGAAACUGAGACCAAG